ACUAUAAUGGAGGAAUCCUCAUUCACAAUCCCAGCUGACGACAAUGGUGAUUCUGAGCUCGAUCCUAGAAUACAGGUCAGUGAGUGACAGUAUAAUGUAUUGAAAUUAUAUAUAACGAAUGCCUUUGUAACUGCAAAGAUGAGUGUCAACUUUGUAGAUUAUUUCGCCAACGAGCAUAAUGGAUACGAUAUUUUAUAUCAAAACAUGAAAUACGGACUCAUUGCCAGCAAAGAACUCUCCGAGUAUUUUAGAGAGAGAUCCAAUGUUGAAGAAACAAAUUCUAAAUUAUUAAGUAAGCUAGCUAAGCAGGCGAAUAGUAAUUGCGCACAGGGUACUUUCGCGCCGUUUUGGGGUGUUCUUAAAUGCUCAGCAGAGAAACUGUCUAAUUUACAUCAGCAUAUGUUCCAGAAAGUGAGUGAAUUGGUCAAAGAUGUUGCUCGCUAUGCAGAUGAGCUACAUAAAAAGCAUAAGGCAGUUAAAGACUCUGAAUCAAAUACACUAGAAGUGGUAUUACUUAUCCAAAACACUAAACAAGCCCUUCAAAAGGCUAAAGAUGUGUAUACAACUAAGGCUAGUGAAUUGGAGAAACUCAAGAAAGAUAAUGCCUCCACAAAAGACACUGAGAAGGCAGAGGUUAAAUUGAAGAAACUACAUGAGGAAUAUAGGCAACUUGCUGAAAAAUAUAAUCUAGUGAAACAGGACUUCGAAAAGAAAAUGACACAGACAUGUAAACAUUUUCAGGAUGUUGAAGAGGCCCAUUUAAAACAAAUGAAACAAUUUGUGAAUGUUUAUGCUGAUAUUAUACAGAAUAACCAUGAUCUUAUGGGUCAAGUUCACAGAGACUUCAAACACCAGUGUCUUGAGUUAACAGUAGAAAGAUUAUUGGAACAGUUUCUAAUAGAAAAAUACAAUGCAAUAGAAAAGGCAAAUUUAGUUGAAUUACCUCCAUCAUUACCUAAGCCAGGUUCAGCCAACAACUCUAUAUCAGAAGCAGAUCAAAUCUCUACUGUAUCUAAUGGCUCGCACAAGCCAACACCACCAACCAAAGCACCCAAAAAAGAACCCUCAUUUGCUAGCAAAACUUCUAGGAGAACUACCUCCCUUUUAAACUUAUUCACACCUAAUUUUCAAAGUAAAGAUGAACCUAGUGGCAGCAUAGAAGGAGCUGCCCCAUGCUCUGCUCCUUCCAGCCCAAGUGGUACACCAGCUACUCCUGUAGCACCUGAUAAAGAUGAAAACAUGGGUCGCACCACUUUACGCGAGUCAAAGUGGUUUCUACGCAGCAGAAGAACAAAAACCAAACUGAAAAAGUCAAAGAAAAAGAAAGAUGAGAUAUCAGAAAAUUCUAAUGCAGGUGAUAAGUCUGACCUAGAAGAAAAAGAAGAGGAAGUUCAAGCAAAAGAUGACCUAAAUUCACCAGAAGUUGAUGAAGAAGGUUACUGUAUCAGACCAAAAGAUGAGAAAGGUAGUGUAUAUUCAUCAACUGACUCUGAUUCAGAUGAAGAAAGAGAUCGUAAAAUUCAUGUGGAAAUAAAACCAAUAAGUAAUGGUGGUGGACCCAUGUCAGCCAGUGUAGAUGAGCUCAGGGCUACUGUAGAAAAUAUUUCCCUGUAUAAAAUUGGCACAACAAGGCGUGGUUCGAAUGCCAAUGCCAAUAAAGCCAGUAGUGAUUUACUAGACCUUAACUUUUUCCAAAGCCCCUCUGCUAGCAAUCCUACUUCUCCACACGGAAAUAUAUCAAAUCCAUAUGCCCCACUACAAACUAACCAAUCACAUCUACUUGAAAGUCCAACUCCGGUUUCAACUGCUGAUGUCGGCGAUCUAUUCUCUGAGGUUGGCGAGAUGACUCAAUCGAAUUUUCGUACAUCUACGCCAACAACUAAUACUAUUUCACUUCCACGACCACCGUCAAGACGCUCAGAAGGUGAUUUCCGAACCGCCGGUUCCUCAGGCUCUAGAGGACCUUCCCCUCUUACUAUAGGAAUGGCCGAUACUAUACCGUUAGCAGUAGCGUUCCAUGAAAUUAUACACGCAUAUUUCCGAGGUACAGAGGAAUCUAAAUGUCAGGUGAAAAUGUCGGGGGAUAUGAUGCUUUCCUUCCCCACUGGUAUAGUAGGCGUACUAGCAAACAAUCCUAAUCCAGCGAAGCUUUGCUUCCGUUUGAAAAAUAUACAUAGAUUAGAUAAUGUAUUGCCGAAUAAACAGCUGAUUAGUAUCAACGCGCUAAUGUCGACGCGUGAUGCGACCGUCGUCGAGUUCAAUAUGCCGGCGUUAACUUCUCUCCUGAAACGUCAAUCGGAAAAGAAUCCCACCGCUCAGUACUUCAAUGUAGACAUAUUGAAAUAUCAGAUACGACCAAAGGCCGGCGCCGCGUCGUGUCCGUACCAACUGGUGUCUUAUUGGAAGUGUGAGAGAGACCACACAGAUCUUAAAGUGGAUUAUAAGUACAAUCUACAUGCUAUGAGUCCGCCAUCGCCGUUACUAAACGUGUCUGUCUGUGUGCCAAUGGACGGCGCCGUCAAAAAUGUCAUUGCGAUGCCCAAAAACACUUGGAACCCCGAGAAUGAUCAAGCUCUAUGGCGUUUCACAGAAUUAUCGCAGCAUUCUGAAGACAGAGGCGUAGGGUCAUUGAGGGCACGUUUUGAAUUAAAUGAUGGCCCCUCAACGAAAGGAACUAUAUCUGCACAGUUCAACUGCGAGGGUGCAACACUGUCUGGCAUUGAGUUUGAACUUAUAGGCGCUGGCUAUAGACUGUCUCUUGUGAAACGUCGUUUUGUCUCUGGCAAAUAUAUUUGUGAUAGUGAGGUGCACUGAUUGGUCCAAAUCAUUAAUUCACAUGUAGAUAUUUCAUUAAUAUCUAAUUAUGUAUGAAGUAGUACACAUUUAUAAGUGUAUAAGUAUGUUUGGUACCAUAAUAGGACUGUUUCCUGUCCAAAAAUUUAAUUAUUUGCAACUAAGUUUGUCAAUUUUCUUAUUAUUAGUACAGUACAUGUUAUAAUAAAUUUGAUGUUAUUAGAAAUAUAUUCACAGCAUUACUAACUUAUUUUUCAGAUUAGAAAUGUGCCAUGUUUA